CCGAGCUGAGGACGGAGAGCCGGGAGGACAAAUCCCCCCGUGAGACCCUGGUGGGAGAGGCCGUUUUGAAGGGCUCCCCGGCGCAGGAAGGCAGCGGGGAGGAAAAGGGCCGGAGAUCCCCCCACAGGAGGGGCUCCAAAGCCAUCCCAGGGUGCUCUGAGGAGGAAAGAGCCAGCCUGUGCCAGGAAGGCGGCCAGAGCUUGAGGCAGAGCUCUGAGCUGGUGGUCCCUGAUCAGCCUCCCAGCAGGGAGAAGCCCUUCAUGUGCUUGGAAUGUGGGAAGAGCUUCAGAAGGAGCUUCAACCUGAUCAGACACCAGCACAUCCACACUGGGGAACGUCCCUACACAUGUGGGGAAUGUGGGAAGAGCUUCAGGAGCAACUCCAACCUGAUCCAACACCAGCGCAUCCACACUGGGGAACGGCCCUACACAUGUGGGAAAUGUGGGAAGAGCUUCAGCCGGAGCUCCAACCUCCGCACCCACCAGCUCAUCCACACUGGGGAACGGCCUUAUUCUUGUAGGGAAUGUGGGAAGAGCUUCAACCAAAACUCCCUGCUCCGUUCCCACCAGCGCAUCCACACCGGGGAACUGCCCUACACGUGUGGGGAAUGUGGGAAGAGCUUCAGGCAGAGAUUCAGCCUGAUCCAACACCAGCGUAUCCACACUGGGGAACGGCCCUACAAGUGUGGGGAUUGUGGGAAGAGCUUCAGGCAUCGAUCCAACCUCCACACCCACCAGCACAUCCACACCAGUGAACAGCCCUACAAGUGCUUGGAAUGUGGGAAAAGGUUUCAGACCAGCAAGAAUCUCCUUGUGCAUGAGCAGACACACACGGAUGAGAGGCCCUUCCGCUGCACCGACUGUGGGAAGGGCUUCAACCAGAACUCCAACCUUGUCACCCACCGGCGCAUCCACACCGGGGAGAGGCCCUACAAGUGUGGGGAGUGUGGGAAGAGCUUUAUCCGGAGCUGUCACUUGACCAGACACCAACGGACCCACCGAUAAUAGAACCCCGGUGAGUGCCCCGACUGUGGGAAGAGCUUCGGCCGCUGCUUCCACCCCAAAUGAAGCCCCUGAUGGUGAGGCAACCCCUGGAGUUCAAGGACUGUCAGUCCAUCCUUUUCGACCACAAAGGGCCAGUCCCCUUUCCCAGGGGCAGCUUCUUCCAACAGAACCCUUCUUGGGGUGUCAGUCCUGGAAGUUUAGAGCAGAGAUCUCCUCACCAGCGUUGGUCUGGGGGAGGUCCAUCUGUCUCUACUUAAGAAUUACUACUUUUUUGCCAGCUUCAACAAUUGGCUUCAACAAUUGCUUUAGUGUAGAGCACUGUCCUAUCUUAUCCUGUACUCCUGGUAGUUUUAGUGUGUCUAUUGUGCAAUAGAUAAUUCUGAUGAAGAUCUUUUGUCUGAUCAUUUGUAACCCUAAAUAAAUUCAUUUCUAUCAAUAGAUCUGAUUUGCC